UGCGGUCAUCUGAACGAGUCCGUCGCUGCUCCGCUCAUCCACCUGCUCGCGACACAUCACCCGAGAAUCGAUCCGUUCCUCCGGCGAGUCAUGGCGGGAGAGGCCGAGCGGAACAGCUGCGUCCUGCGCGAUCUACGGCAGCGGGCCGGUAACGACACCUGCGCGGACUGCGGCGCUGCAGAGCCGGACUGGGUGUCUGUGACGCUGGGUGUGUUCGUGUGUCAGGGAUGCUCGCUCAUCCACAGAAGCAUUGAAAGCCUCAGACAGGUGAAGUCUGUGCUGCAGGACACAUUUGAAGAUAAAGAAAUCGAGUUUAUCGCAUCUAUGGGGAAUGAAGCAGCAAAGGCCAAGUACGAGCAGCUAGCUCCUCCGUUCUAUCACCGGCCGUCCCACACAGACUGCAGGAUUUUGAGGGAGCAGUGGAUCAGAGCCAAGUAUGAGAGACAGGAGUUCAUACACAUCGAGAAACAAGAGCCUUAUUCAGCAGGUUACAGAGAGGGGCUUCUGUGGAAGCGUGGUCGAGACAACGGACAGUUCCUCAGUCGCAAGUUCAUUCUGUCUGAACGAGAAGGAGCGCUCAAGUACUACAACAAGCACGACGCCAGAGAACCAAAGGCCAUAAUGAGGAUUGAAUCCCUGAAUGCUACGUUCCAGCCGGCUAAGAUAGGGAACCCGUGCGGCCUGCAGAUCACCUAUCUGAGAGACAACAGCACCAGGAACAUCUUUGUGUACCACGAGGACAGUAAGGAAAUGGUGGACUGGUUCACGGCGAUCCGAGCAGCCCGCUUUCAUUACCAGAAGGUGGCAUUUCCCGGAGCUAAUGAUGAGGACCUGGUGCCCAGACUGACCAGGAACUUCAUGAAGGAGGGCUUCAUGGAGAAAACAGGCCCAAGGCACACGGAGGGCUUUAAGAAAAGAUGGUUCACCAUGGAUGAUAGGAGGCUGAUGUACUUUAAAGAUCCCUUGGAUGCGUACGCACGCGGCGAGGUGUUCAUCGGCAGUAAGGAGAACAGGUACACCGUGGUCUCUGGGCUUCCGGCCUCGAUCCAGGGAUACCACUGGAAGUACGGGAUCACCAUUGGAACGCCGGACAGGAAGUUCCUGUUUGCUUGUGAAACCGAGGCGGAGCAGAAGGACUGGAUCGCAGCCUUUCAGAGAGUCGUCAACCGUCCCAUGAUGCCGCAGGAGUACGCAGUCGAGGCUCAUUUCAAGCACAAGCCUUGAUGCUGUCUGUGAAGC